AUGGGUUGGAUGGAUUUGCCUCUGGAACUGUCGGAAUUAAUUUUCCAAAGGCUAUGUUUGGAUGAUGCCAUGAAUUGUCGUGCCAUAUGCCGCUCUUGGCGAAAGGCCGCUGACGGCAUAUUUUCAUCUCAGCUUCCAUUGAUGCUCUCUCUUUCAACACCAUCUGCAACUCCAUACACCUGGCCAUGGAUCUUAAAAUCAGAUAACAACAACUUUGGAAGCUUAUCCGCCCCAUGGAGCAACCAUGAUUCCACUGUGCUGACUCAAACAUGGCCCCAAGGAAUCAACCGUAUCGAUAAUAGGGUUCACUCGGUGCAUGGUUGGUUGAUGUUCAAUAUAUUUCAUUAUGCGAGCGACAAGGACCAAACAUUCUCUGAGCUUUCAUUCUUCAACCCGUUUUCUCGUGCCAGUUUCAAGCUUCCAAAGCUGUUCUUGUUUUCUGGAAGGCCGUGCUAUCAUCAAGUUCGUGUUGCAUUCAAUUCUGCACCACCGGGGUCUGAGGAGUUCGUUGUUGCUUUAUUGUGUGUGUUUAGCUAUCAAGAAAAUGUGUUAAUGAGACCAGAACAUAUGAAGCGAAAGCUAGCUUUUAUCAAAUUCAAGCAAGGAUCAUGGAUUGAAUUGGAACCCAUUGAAACCGCUGAAAUCUUCUAUGAUAUUGAAGUUCAUGGUGAUAAUAAACUGUAUGGUCUUACCGUCAAACAUAAAACAAGUGUUGUGUUCGUGUUUACCGUCGGAGAUAAUUAUCGUGAUGAUCAUGUCGUUGAACGAUUGGUUAUGCUAAAUACCAUAGCAGAUAUUCCUGUUGGAAGAUUUAAUUUUUGUCGUACAUCCUUCAAACCAAGGCAUCAGAUGGUAAUGGACACUAGCACAGGGGAGUUGUUGCUAGUUCGUCAUGAUAGAUGGGAUGUUCUAAGUAGAUGUUAUGAUUUAAUUUGUACCAGGGGGUUUCGUGUUUUUAAGUUGGACAGAAGCAUUCUUAGAUGGUGUGAGGUUUUUGAUAUUGGUGAUCGUUUUUUGUUCUGGGAUUACACUAAGGUGAGUCUUGUGUCUUCUAAGGAAUUCAGAGUUGCAGAACGGUUUAAGAGGGGCAACUGCAUCUUUUUCUGUCAUGCAAAUACUCAUAGGGAGUGGAAAUCUCCAAAACCAGAUAUUCAAGAUCAAUUUCGAUUUAAAGAACAUGAUAUUGGUGUCUUCUUCUUGGCCGAUAGAACCAUUAGCCAUUUUCCAAUUAGUUCUUCUUUGCCAUUCUCGCUUCUGAACAUGUGGUUCCGUCCUGUUCCUUAG